UAUACAUACUUCCCCACGUCUUCCUGUCUUUAUAGCCUCGGUUAUUGGCAUGCCGGUGAGCGUCUGUAAUGGACCAACUACCAUCAAUUUCUCUAAUAGGAAAAUAGAGAACACGAAAAUACUGUUUUUUCUUUGUGAUUGAGUAAGCAUUUAGAAAUAAUUGUAACUUAUUCCCAAAUUAACAGAGUAUGAACUCUGAUUAUAUAAGAGACUGUAAUUAUGUUCUCAAAUAAUUUCUCCAUACCAUUUAGAUAAACUAGACAGUAUAGUGAAAGAUAGUGAAAAACAUCUGAGUCAAUAACUAUAGUGUAACAAUCCUUGAGUCCAAUGUAGAUUCUCAUAAAUAUUGAUUUCACACAAUGAAACCAUGUCAGUAUCAAUUUUCACUGGUUCAGAAAAGAACGUGUUUUAAAUAUUUUUAAUUGAAAUUGAGAUUGUGUGAAAAUUUACACACAUACAGUCACAUACAGCUGCGUCCAGGACCCAUCUAAUGUGAAGCAACUGCCACCACCAUGCUCCCCAAAAUCUGCUGUUGCUAACCUGACCUUUUCCACAGAUUGAAACGAGUGAUUGCAGAAAGAGGAAGUGGUACUAAAACAGUUCUGUGCUCACAGCACCUCACCAGUACCCCCUAUAGUAGAUAAUAUCAACCAGGACAGAAUGUAAGAAACCCAGUACCCUGAACCAUGACAAUUUCGAGGACUAACUGACUCUGCUAGUCAAUUUCCACACAAGGACAUUAAGGCACUGAUAGAUUUCUUGGAGCAACUAGGGUGAAAGAGCAAAAUCCCUGCAGUUUAGCAGAAAUGGUGCACAGUCAUCAAACUACACAGACCAGCCCACAAUCAAAUAUCAAUCAACGUGCUGCAGCAGGUCGAGGCAGAAGUGGUCGUGCUGGCGGUCAACGUGUUCGUGGUCAUCACCAAGCCCGACCUUCGGCCUCUGAAUCACUCGUCACUAUGCCAAUCGAGGCGUUGCCGGCGGGUCGAGCGAUGGAGACGCCGAUGCACCCGAAGAGGGUAAGGGUGCUCGAGCCCGUAGUGGAAAACCCUAGAUCAGAAAUGUGGGGAUCCAACGCUUCGUCCCCAGCCAGGAGGGACCAGGAGACGCCUCCGGUGCCAUCACCUGCCCUAUACGUAGAAUGUGGGCCUAGCAGCGGGGCAAGCACGCCGACCACCGAGCGGCCUGCAAGUCUGAGUCACGUCUCAAAGGAAGCUCGGCGUGAAUUAAUCCCUUCGUCCUCUUCGUCCACUCGACCUCUUCGCGACGAAGAGAUUUUGACAUUGCUCAAUUACGGCAGCGAAGAAGAGUCGGAGGAAGAGGAGGACGAAGAGACUAUGCAGCGGCUGACGGUGCCGCACUCGACCAGGAUGUGGUUAGACGAAGAGGAUGAGGAAGUUGAAAGAGGUGAAGAGAGGAUCCCUCCUCUCCCGAGAGAUAACAUUAAUAUAGAGCAACCUCCUCAACCUCUUCGUCUAUCCACAUCCACCUCACCGACGGCUCUUUCGCCCUCUGUGGCGCUAGGGCCAACUAAUAAAUUUAUGUUUGAAUGGAGAACGGCGCCAAUGCCUGCAAUCGAACCUGAUUUAAGGCGAGAACCGUUCUCCCAAAUUAGUGGUCCAAAGGUUUCUUUCGCGACUCCGUAUGAUGCAUUCAUUGCCAUAUGGGAUCGUGAAAUAAUGGAAUCGAUAGUCGAGGAAACCAACAUUUACGCACAGCAGCUGGCAACGGUCAUGCUGGAGACUGGGACGAUCCGCCCUCAUAGCUGGAUUACUCGAUGGCAAGAUACGGAUGUAAACGAACUUUACACGUAUUUUGCUAUCAUUCUGGCUAUGGGGGUGUUCAUCAAAAGCUGCCUGACCGAGUAUUGGUGCACGGCACAAGACGUAUUUUAUACACCAGGCUUCUCCGCCCAAAUGUCGUAUGACCGUUUCCGGCUGCUGUCAAGGUGCCUACACUUUUCUAAUAACACUGCUUGUGAUCUUGCAAUGUUGACACGACGCCAGGUCAUGCUGUACAAAAUACAACCGUUAAUAGACCACUUAAAUAAAAAAUUUGCGGAACUUUACAAUUUGGGUCAAAAUUUAGCAGUGGAUGAAAGUUUGACGAUGUGGAAAGGCUGGCUUGAUAUAAACCAGUUCAUUCCACAAAAGGCAGCGACAGUUGGGAUCAAAACUUAUGAAGUUUGUGAAUCGCAGAGUGGUUACCUGUGGCGGUUUGAAGUUCACGCUGGCCAUGACAUCUCGGCUUCACAGGACGAUCCAAUUUCUGGCACAGUACCAGCUCUCGUGCUCAGACUUUUAAAUGGUCUUGAGCAUAAAGGGCACACAAUAUGGAUGGAUAAUUUUUAUAACUCUCCAGCGCUAGCCCGAGAACUUAAGACACGCGGCUUUGACUGUGUGGGCACACUGCGGACUAACCGACAAUUUGUGCCGUACGAAGUGACGUCCCUUACAAAAAGGGAUAUGACAGUCGGUCAAGUGAUGGGAUGCACCUCGGGAGAUGUGGAUAUUUUGGUGUGGAAAGAUAAAGGCCGGGUGGCAUUUAUUUCCACAUACCAUGGUCUUGCAUCUGUUACGUUUGAGGAAAGACUGAAGCCGACUGUCGCGUACGAUUAUAAUAUUUGUAUGGGCGGAGUAGACCGCAAGGACCAGCAGCUUGCAGUGUAUCCCAUAGAAAGAAGAAGGACAAAAGUUUGGUACAAGAGAUUCUUUAGAAGGCUCUUGAACGCUAGUGUCUUGAACUCGCACAUACUACACCAAAAUCAGUCAUUCUCACACCGGAAAUUCCGGACGGUGUUAAUCACUGAACUAUUGAGUGCACACCGUACACAACCACCUAGCACACUCACCCCAACACAUGUACAUUGCCCGGCGCAGUAUGGCCUGACCAAGAGCGGUAAAUCAGACCGCCUUAGGCGCCAGUGUGCCGUCUGCUCCAGGCGGACUCACACAUAUUGCAAGGCCUGCAACGUGGCAAUGUGCAUUUUCACUUGCUACGAGACAUACCACACUACACAUCGACACUUUACCGGUCAUUGACACUUAUUUUUAUACACACACGCGCAUGCACACAUACAGGGUAUAUAGGCAGUAGUGUUAAAGAUAUUUCUAUUGCCCUUGUAGCCAGACGAGCAUACCUGAUGGUGAGUGGUUACCGUAAAAAGUUAAGCUGGGCAUACUAGAUGGUAAGUGGUUACCGUAAAAUUUGUUAUCGUUACCAUCCAUAUUGUUGCACAGUACUAAAGAAAAAGCUGCAUGUGUUGUACACUUUUUUUUUGCUAUCUGACAGCCCUUUCACACAUGGUCUCCGUUUUACUGAUCCGUUUUGUCGUAUACUUUUUUUUUCAUCGAUGGAGCAUGAAGUUGUAUGAGCGACUUUACAUAGCCGCUCAUAUGAGCUCAUAUCAACUACCAGUUGACAUGGGCCUUCUGUUCCCCCGCCAUCUAUUUUAAUUUAAAAUUAAUUAUUAAAAAAGAACUAUGUUAUCGCUUAAAAAUAGUCGUGCUCGAAAACGCGCUAUCUCUGUGUUCAGCGUAUCAUCAUUCUGCAUCGUAGUUGAAUACUAAGAAACAAAAUACUUCAAUGUGAAGCAUAAUUCAUACUAAGCUUAAAAACAUAACACUUGCUUGAGGUACAAUGAAUGGUUUUGUGAUAACGGAGCCGCGCGGCGCAGUUGUAAAAAAUGACGUGGCACUUAGGGUGAGCGUCAAGAGCCCGUUCGGGCAAGCCAGCGACAGUAUUCGGUAAGCAGUAAAAAAAAAAGGUCCGGUAAAUUAUGACAUUCUGUUUUUUUGUCAAUUUUUUGUUGUAUCUGCUAAAACGGGUACCGUAUACACGGAGACUAUGUGUGAACGGAUUGUUAGGGCCAGCGUCGUGUCAACAAUGCAAUUCGCAAUUGUUCAUUAGAGGUGGCACAUAAAUUAAGUACGCAACUGGAUUAUUAUGGGUGUUGGUUUAUUUAUGGUUAUUUUAUUUAUAAGCGAUCUUUUAACUGUGUGGUAUCUAGGUACGAUUAUUUGCAAGUUACCUAGUUGUUAUUAAUUAUUAUUAUUAUUAUUUUUUCAUCACGAUAACAUAAAAAAAAAGUUUAUUUGACCUAUCAAUCAAAAAGGUUCGAAAAAAAAACAAAUCAUAAUGUUUACUUUUUAUUUUGAAUAAGUCAAUAAAUUCGAAAAAAAGAACACAAAUCAUAAUGUUUAAUAAACACAUAUAUGCUUAAUUAGCACCCGUGAGCGCACUUGUUAUUUUUUCACUAUUUUUAAGAUUUUUUAUUUGUUUUUUCUUCCAGACAUGUGGCUUUUUUCCUUGGAAUGAAUGCCCGGUUUCAUGUAAAUCUUGAAUAAUUAAUUAUUAUACUACUUGCAAACAUAUAUUUUGCAAAAUCUUAGUUUUUACGAGACACUGUUUUUUGCACUAAUUUUGAGUGUCAUAUUUGAGACGUUCAUACUUCGAUCAAUUAUUGAUCGAAGCGUUCAUACUUAAAAUCUGUAAAAUAACUGUGGUGUCGUUGCUUAAAAUCGCUUGGCGAUACGCUUAAGCAAACCUCACGUCUACAUUGCGCAUGCGUAAGGGUGAGUCCGAUAUAUUAGUAUUCAUUAAGAUAUUCAUAAUACAGCUUGUAUUCGUGUAUCUAAUCCGUCGAAUUCUGAUAUGCUAAUAUUCCGUAUUCACUCUAUUCAUAAUAUUAGCCAACUCACAUCGGUCGGGUUGUAUCUAUCACUCGAAAAUAUACUGGCAUACGCCGUACGUGUCUCGCGGAUAUCUGUCUAUCACAUUCAUAACAAUACUGCAUGCGCUAAGAGUAAGUGAGAUAAACUACAUGUUUACAUAUUGAGCAAUGAAAAUAAGUACUUAACAUUAUGAGUUUAAGGACUAUUUUUUAAUUCAACUUUUUACAUGUCAAAGAUGCUAGUGGGAAUUUUUCAGAAUUUUAAAUGUAUUACUUUUUAAUGUUUGAACCUUCAUUUCUUGAUUCAACUAAAGAUUCUACUCAAGGCAAAAUAGUGUAUUUUUAUAUUUAUUGGAAUAAAAUCGGUGAGCUUUA